AGUCGGAUUUUAGAUUAAAAAGUCAUAGCAGUCAAACAUGUGAGAAGUCGAACUUCGCUGUGAAAUUAUGAGAUUCUUUUAUUUAUUUAAUUAAAUUUGGAGAGUUAUUCAUUUCAGUUAAGAACAGUCACAUUUCAUAUCCGGUGUUUAUUGUUUAGUUCAUCAAAGAAAAAUGAAUUCUAAAAUUAUUUUGUUAGGAUUUUUAAUAUCAUUCGGAUCAGUUCUUGUUGCUGAUGGGUUUGAAAUUGGAAGAGAGGAAAAAUUUUCUUUUAUCAAUGAUGUUUCAUUGUACAGUCAGAGAACAUCUGAACAACCUCUCAAUUAUCGUAUUUCCGCUUCGAUUAAAAUUGGUAGUGUUUGGGCCAAUCAAGAGGAUGAAAAUCUUCUGAGAUUUGUGAUUUAUUCACCAGAGUUACAUUUAGAGAAGUCGAAAGAUGACUCAACACAAGAAGACGACAUUUCUGGUACAUGUCAAGUGCGUUACGUUUCUAAAUCUUCGACCAAAUAUAUGAAACAUAAAAGUGAUUGUUGGAAUGAUUUUGAGAUUCGUGAAAGAUUGGAAAAGCCUCUUGGAGUCAGCAAUAGACUGACACGAGUCGGUGUUAUCACAGUCUCAGCUGAUGGACAUUUGGAGUCAAUACACAGCACAGAUCAUCAUAAAUUCUCAGUGAAUGCAUAUCCAAAUGUUGGCUUUGUCGUUGGCUCUCUUUCUUUUCUUAAAUCUGAUGGUGAAUUUAAUGAAUGUAAUAUUCUGAAAGAGAAACAUUUCAAUGAAACUUUGAAGCAUCUUGGAGACGUAGAAGAGACGACUUUGUUGCCAACAAAACCUGAUCUACAUGAAACAGAAAACAUGAGCCUUGUGAAAUUGGUUAAAGAAAAUAAGAAGAAUCUGAUAAAAGAGAACGUUGGAAAGAGUAUUUCAGCUCAAACGUUGCUUCAACUUGUUUCGAAUGGAAGAAAGACCAAAACUGAUGAUUUUAUAAGAAUUUUAAAUGCAAGAUCGACACAAGAAAUUAGAGGGCAGUUGAUGGAUCUACUAGGAGCUGUUCAAACAGAAGAAUCUCACGAAGCAUUCAGCAAAACUUUUAAUCUCUCGAGUUCAGAAGAUUUCAACGACAUUGAAAGAUAUUUGCAAUCUUUAGCAGUUGGAAUUCGUCCUGAAGAGUCAGUUAUUCGAGAUUUGUUGGUGACAUUAAAGGUAGACGAGAUUGAAAGCGAAAAACUUAAAGACACUUUAGUUCAAACAGUUUCUUCAAUGGCACAAAAGUUUUCACAAACACCCCAACAAGAUUAUGAAAGUCACGUUGUAGUUGAUGUAAAGAAUUUCUUGAUGAAAUCGAUCAACAAAUGUUCUGACAACAAUUGCAAAGUGAUUUAUAUUCGAGGAUUACAAAAUCUUCAAUCACCAGAUACUGUUGACAAGUUAAUUAAUAUGGCAUUGAAUUAUCCUAAUCAAAUAUCAGUUGCAGCAAUGAAAGCACUGAGGAAAUUCAAAACUGAAUAUUUAUCGUUGGAACAUCAAAUGAAACUCAAAAAAAUUUUCUUUCAAAGAUUUAAGAAAUUUGAUUCAAGUGCAAGAACUUUGGCUUUAGAUAUUUUAUUAGAAUUAAAACAUGAUCUGAAUGAUUUACUUGAGUUGAUUGCUUAUUUGAAAUCGAACGAUUCAGCUUACGAAAUAAAGCAGUACAUGGUGCAAAAGCUUCGAAUGAAGUCUGAAAAUUGUCCCAGAUUUAAUGAAAUAUUGAAAAUUGUUUUGUCAAGAGAGCCUCAAAUCAACAAUUGGAAUGUUUUCGGUGGUCUGAAAGGUUUAUCGACAGCACUCAUUCGACAAUUUUCUCAGCAGCCUUCAUUCAAUGGUUCACUGUUAAGCGUUCAAGAAAUAAAAGGUGGCGUCUUGAAGCGUGGAAAUUUUGAUUUGCUGAUGAGAACAACCGACGAAGAAAUAAGUUUAUUCUCAUUAGGAAUUUUUGCUAGUGGACUUUCAUCUUUCAUAAGCAGUUCUGGUGAAGAAGAAACUGAUGGUGACGAAGAAGAGACGGCAACAGCAGGAAUGGAAUUAGCAAUUCAAGGCGCUCAAAUGAGACCGUUGACAUUCUUCACCGGACAAGGAGAACUGAUGGGUCACGUUUGGUCUGGAACUGCUUCGCAACCGACAACAGCUUAUCAAGGCACGACAAUUUUGCAAGACCACCAACAAAUUAUUUCCUUAAAUAACGGAGCUUUCAUCGAUUUCUCAGCUCUUGGAGCUAUUUCAAUAGAUUUGAAUGGAAAGUUUGAGAUUAGUUUGUGGUACAAAAAUGCCAACUCGGAAGUUGUUCAAAGUACCGGAGUAGCUUUAUCAACGAGCUUAAAUGUAAAAUCUUCAAUGAUUUCUACGAGCAUUAAUUUAGAAGUGGAUGAAGAACCACAAAUAAAUCUUUCAUCAAAAGUUGACUUUUCAUCAAAGACAGCAAUUUGUAUUCAACUGAGUCAACAAAAUUCACAAGUCAUUCAAACCAUCAAACAAUCAAUUCAAAUUCCAAAGGAGAAGUCUUCAAAUGUUUUCAAAAAGCACACAAUUUAUCGAUUUAAGAUUCCUUCAUAUUCUCACGUGAUAAAUCGAAAGA